AUGGACGAGCAUCCUGCAGAGUGGGCAGUCGUUUGUUCGAAAUCAUCCAGGAACAAAAGACGCAAAAUCGAGCUCAAGACAGACGGCUAUCCCAGUAUCAGUUUCCUCAAAGCGAGACCCGAACGUAUCGAGCUGAGAGCCCUGCAAGAUCUCGUUCUCUAUGUCUUAGCAGACGGGGUUGCGCCGACUUGGCUAGCUGUCAACAAUGCCAGGCAGAUCAAGAAGGCCGUUGUCUUGAUGGUGCCCGGGCUCGACCGUGAGACUCUGCAGGAUUCUGAACUAUGGACCAGCAUUACGGAGAAGAAUGAAUACGAGGAUUCCAACUUGGUUGAGCGCCCGACAGAUCCCCCUAGUGUCGCUCUCCAGGAUCAUCAAGGCUGCGCCUCAGUCGACUCUGCUCCCGUCGAGCUACCUACAGAAGCAAAUCCCAGUGUCCAAAGCACGAAACCGCCAACCCCACGCGAGACUCUUCUUGAACACGUCCUACAGGUUCGAGCGCCGGGUGACUCGAGCAUGAGCAGAGUCCACUCUCCCCUGCAAAACAUGCUCAUUGCUCCAUUCUCAGGGUCAUCGAAUCAGAAAGCGAAGAGCGGCAAAGACGACAAGUCCUUUCAAGCAGUCCGCACCCCGGUGGUGCACUUUGUCCAUUCGGCCGAUGAGCUACGCGACGCAGAGUACCCAAUUCAUCCCGCAGCCUUUACUGAUCCACAGACUGCGAAUCUGGAGCGAGAACGAAGAGAGAAAACCGGCCAGGCUGCGUCCGACGGUUGGGUCGACACCGACGUGGAAGUCCCAACGCCGCAAAUUCUCCCGUCCCUUAAGACAUACGACCCCGUGACGCAAGGCUUGAAGCCUUAUGCGCUGGACUGCGAAAUGGUUCUAACGGCAGACGACAAGUAUUCCCUCGCUCGUGUCUCGCUCGUGGACUGGUCCGGCAAAACCGUGCUGGACAAAUACGUCAAACCAUCCCUACCCAUCCAGAACUACUUUACCGAAUUCUCCGGCGUCACGGAAGAGAUCCUCAGGGACGUCACGACAAUGCUCGCGGACGUGCAGAAGGAGCUUCUUAGUAUUCUUGGCCAGGACUCGAUCUUACUUGGCCACAGUCUCGAGUCGGAUCUCAACGCGCUGAAACUCACGCACCCUUUCAUCAUCGACACUUCGAUAAUCUACCCACACCCUCGUGGCCUGCCGUUACGUUCGUCCCUCAAGUUCCUCGCCAACCGCUAUCUCAAACGAGAGAUACAGAAGGGUGGCGCUCACGGACACGAUAGCGUAGAAGACGCGCUUGCGGUGUUGGAUCUGGUGAAAUUGAAGUGUGAGAAGGGACCAAGAUGGGGCACAUUGGACGCCAAUGGCGAGAGCAUCUUCCGCAGAAUCGGAGGCACGCUGAAGAUGGACGACGGUCGAGGAGAGGUCGUGCUGAAGACGUCAGCCAUCGUCGAGUACGGCACUCCGGAACGAGGGCUCGGAAAGGACGCAACCUAUCACAUUGCCUGCGAGAAUGAUGACGAGAUUGUACGUGGUGUCCUCAAGGCUGCCCACGGAGACACUGUCGACGACGAAGGGGACCGAGAUGGUAUUCUGAAAGAGGAGGAACUAGAUGGGAACACCGUAGAUCAGGGCAAAGAGCACCAACCCAAGGCCAAGGCUCAAACUAUCCCACCGCGUGGCGUUGACUUUAUCUGGUCCCGCCUCCGGGAUCUCGAAGCACUACGCAAUUGGAACACUCUUCCCAGCGACAAUUUCGCCACACCGCCCUCCACGUCGACAUCGACCGGUUCAGAGCCACCAGCCAGCGACCGACUCAGGAACGCAAUGCGCCAGACUCUCCAGCGCAUCCUGCAGAUCUACAUGUCUCUCCCACCUCGCACGCUCCUGAUCAUCUACAGCGGCACCAAUGACAUGCGUCCUCUCCUCCGCCUGCAGGGCCUACACGCACAGUACAAGCGAGAGUUCAAGGUGAAGAAGUGGGAUGAGCUGAGCGUGAAGUGGACAGACACGGAAGAGCAGGAAAUGAAGAAGGCGUGUGAGAAGGCGAGGCGGGGCGUCGGGAUUCUCGCUGUGACACGCUUGAACAGAGAGUGGAGAGAGAAGGAUUAG